AUGCUCGUAAAGCUCGGGUACAAGGAAAUCGAGGUCUCGUUCCCCUCAGCCUCACAGACCGACUUCGACUUUACCCAACGCCUCAUACAAACACCCGGAAUCGUGCCAGACGAUGUCUGGGUACAAGUCCUUUCGCCAUGUCGCAAAGAACUCAUUCGCCGCACCGUCGACUCCCUCAAAGGUGCUCGCAAAGCCAUCCUCCACCUCUACCUCGCCACCAGCCCCUGUUUCCAGCAGAUUGUCUUCGACAUGAACGAUGAGGAGACGAUUGCCCUGGCAGUUGAGUGCACGCGAUAUGCGCGUGCGAUAACAAAAGAUGACCCUGCGCAGGUAGGCACGGAAUGGGCAUAUGAGUUUUCACCAGAGACCUUCUCCGACUCGUCGCCCGAGUUCGUCAUCAAGGUCUGCGAGGCCGUCAAGGCUGCCUGGGAGCCCAGUGUCGAGAACCCGCUCAUCUUCAAUCUCCCGGCUACCGUGGAGAUGUCGACACCAAACGUAUACGCCGACCAGAUCGAAUACUUUUGCAAGAACAUUUCAGAGAGAGAGAAGAUUUGUGUGUCGCUGCACCCGCACAACGACAGAGGCUGCGCAGUUGCGGCGGCAGAACUGGCACAGAUGGCGGGCGCGGACCGAGUAGAGGGCACCCUGUUUGGCAAUGGAGAGCGCACGGGAAACGUCGACCUUGUAACGCUGGGCUUGAACUUGUACACGCAAGGAAUCCACCCCAAGAUUGACUUUUCUGACCUCAAGUCAACCAUAGACAUGGUCGAGAGCUGCAACAAAAUCCCAAUACACCCGCGUGCACCAUACGGUGGUCAACUUGUCGUGUGCGCCUUCAGUGGCUCACAUCAGGACGCGAUUAAGAAGGGUUUCCAGAUGCGCAAGAAGAAUGGCGCCACAAACGAAAGCCGGUGGCAGAUCCCAUACCUCCCGCUCGACCCCCAAGAUAUUGGCCGUACCUACGAAGCCAUUAUCCGUGUCAACUCCCAGAGUGGCAAGGGAGGCAUUGCUUGGAUUAUUCAGCGCCAGCUGGAACUCGACCUACCGCGUGGUCUGCAAAUCGCUUUCUCCAAGAUUGUGCAAAAGGAAACCGAUAUGCUCGGCCGCGAACUUCUACCUACAGAGAUUACCCACCUGUUCGAGGAGGCAUACCAUCUCAAGCGUAACCCUCGAUUCUCCCUGAUUGAUUAUGAGAUCAAGGCCGACCGUUCAGAAACGCCCCAGCCCCCACAAGAUGGCCGAACAGUCAGUAGCCGUAAUUUGCGCCGUAUCUUUAAUGGUGUAAUCGAGAUUGACGGACAGGAACACAAGAUCCAAGGAUCAGGCAACGGUGCACUGUCAUCUUUGGCUGAUGCACUCAGGAGUCUGGGUAUCGACCUGGAUGUUGUGGACUACAACGAACACACCAUCGGUACGAGCAAGGACGCAAAAGCAGCAACGUAUAUUGGAUGCACAGCUGCACAGAGCAGUCAAAAGGUUUGGGGUGUAGGAAUUCACCACGAUGUAGUCCAGGCAUCUCUGAUUGCCAUGUUGAGUGCUGCUUCUUCAUUCCUUUCAUCGAGACCAUCAACCCCCAUCCCGUUCCGCCCCAAACGAUCAAAUACCCUCGAGAUCCCCAGCCCCAACUCAAGUCCGACGAGAACCGGAAAGCAAGCAAAUGGUAGCUCGAUAGUGGAUAAGCUGGAGGCUGCUGUCAGUGGCAAUUAG